AAAGGCUUACUGCAGCCCUGGGUGCUGCCUUCUAUCCAGUGGGUGGGAAAUGGGCGCUCCUGCUGGGCCAGCCCUGGCUUCCAGGGUGGCAGGGGCCCCGUUUCCCCCAGUUCAGUCCCCACUCCCUGCAGCCUGGCUUUAUGAUUUCACAUGCUGAGGUCACUCACGCAGAGACAAUGCCAGGCGUUUCACCUCUCCAAGUCCGGGCCCACCCCGCCACAGUCCUCCGCACGGUGUCACUGAGCCCGCCAGCUCAACUGAGGAAGGGAUAACAGAGCGCAGCGCAGAGGCGCCAGCCACACCUGGCACCAUGGACGAUGCCGCGGUCUUAAGGAUGAAAGGUUACACCAUGGGCCUCACUCUGGGCGAGGGCUCAUAUGCAAAAGUUAAAUCUGCCUACUCGGAGGGCCUCAAGCUCAACGUGGCAGUCAAGAUCAUAGACCGCAGGAAAGCCCCCACGGACUUCCUGGGGAAAUUCCUUCCCCGGGAGAUCGAGAUUCUGCCCAGGCUGAACCACCGCUCCAUCGUCAAGACUUACGAGAUCUUUGAAACAUCAGACGGCAGGGUCUACAUCGUCAUGGAGCUCGCGGUCCGGGGCGACCUCCUCCAGUUCAUCCAAACCCGGGGAGCCCUGCCCGAGGACGAGGCCCGCGACAAGUUCCACCAGCUCUCCUCAGCCGUCAAGUACUGCCACGACCUGAACGUCGUCCACCGCGAUCUCAAGUUGGAGAACGUCCUCCUCGACGAGAGCUUCAACAUCAAGCUCUCGGACUUCGGCUUCUCCAAGUGCUGCCUGAGGGAUGGCAGUGGGCGGCUGACCCUGAGCAAGACCUUCUGCGGGUCAGCGGCUUACGCAGCACCCGAGGUGCUGGAGGCCGUCCCCUACCAGCCCAAGGUGUGCGACAUCUGGAGCCUGGGCGUGAUCCUCUACGUCAUGGUCUGUGGCGCCAUGCCUUACGAUGACUCCAACAUCAAGAGGAUGCUGCGCCUCCAGAAGGA